AAAGCGUUCCAGCCCCGUUGCCAUGUUAAAUAAAAACGCAGUCGCGAAAACAAUAAUAAUUAAAACAUAUAUACAAAAAGCUUAUAAAUAAGCAAAUAUCACUAGUGCAUUGCAAAACCCAUGUAUUACACGCUGUGCAUUUAAUACACCUAUAAAAUGCUUACCUAGGAUUCGGUGAAUCACUGCCAAAGCAAAUGUUGUUGGUGUGGCCUUUUUAAUCGAUUCCCUGUUUUGUCUGCCUCACAAUCAAACAAAAACAAAUGCAAAACAGAUGUUAAGUGAAUUAAUAAGAAAGUGGAAUAUUCAAAAUAAAGCAGGGAGUGCGUGGAACGACGGAGGAUUAGCAAUCAGGAUCAACGAAAAGAAGGCUGCAGUUGGUGUGUGUGUGUGUGAGUUUAUCAAUAAUAUCUAAAAAUAGGAGCAACAAUUGAGCACAAUGUGCGGCACAUUAACUACGACGACACCCAAAGUAAAAGAACAACAACAAGAAAAGCUGCAACAAGAAGAGGACAGCAGCUAAAUAAACAUCAAUAACCAAGAGCAUGGAAAGGAAACGUGGCGCAACGGAAAAGCAAUAAUUUAGCAACGUAGUGAAAACGUAUUAAAUAGCAAACAUCAAUCCUUAAACACUUCCAAAUUUAUAGCCAAAACAAAAGAAAAAACAUUCUGAUUCUUUUCACCCUCUCACUCUCCCGCAUUGUGAUCAUGUUCUCCGAACCCUACGAUACCGAUGAACUGGACGCCAUUGUCGAUGUUGUGGGACUACGUACAAAUGCGCGUCUCAAUACGUUCCGUGAGAUGUGGUAUCAUGUCUUUCUCUGGGCUCUCUUCUCGUCCAUAUUCAUUCACACGUGUGCCGCCUUGGUGGCAUUUGUUACCUUGAGAAAGCACAAAUUCGGUCGUUUCUUUUCGAUAUUGAUACUUGUGAUGGGAUUUCUGUCUCCCGCUGCGAGUGGCAUCAUCAGCAGCGCUGUCAUCGCAUUUGUGCAUCGCGCUUCCAGCUUGCCCAUGUCACCGAUCUAUGCCAUGAUCUGGGGUCUCGGCCAGACCAUUGUCUCGGCCUGUCUGGGAUUCACGCGCAUUCUGGCCACACUCUAGGACUGACGGACUGAAUUUAACAUCUUUUAUCCUUACAUUACAUUUUCUUUAAUUUAAUUAAUUUCUAUCGAAAUUAUUAAUAUGUAAAUAAAUAUAUUUAAGCAUAGAAUUUCUGCAUAAAUCUAUAAUAAGGUGUAUUUAGGAAGCGAAUCCGAAACGCGCCAAAUAUUCAAAUUUAUCAACAAAAGUAUUCAGGUGUAAAAUCAUUUCAAAUUAUAAACUAAUAGUAGAAAUCAAAUUAAACAAUUAUGAAAAUUUAUAGAGAUGUGCGUAUAAAGAAUAUUGUGAUUUUUAAAUAUACUACUUACAACUACAAUAUAUAAACAAUAGUUAAACUGUACAAUAUUUUAGCACUCUAACGAUCGAUCAUUUGUAAAAUACGAAAAGCUGAAUAAACUAAACAGAAACUAAAGCUAAA